AUGGAUCGAAUUGCGAUAUUAGAAAGGUUGCUUCUAGAAGAGCAGCGCCGACGCGAAGAAGCCGAGGGCCGGGCUUUGGAUGAACAACAUCGCCGUGAAGAAGCCGAAGAAGUCGCGAAAGCAUCGCGGCCACAAACCCUCAAGGCGUACCUCGAGGCCUGUCACGCACUCAGUCUUGCCAUCAAGGUCGUCACUGCUCGUUCUCUGACUACACAAGGCGACACAACUAGUCCGACUGGUCGAGUUUACCCACGACGACUCAUACCUUGGGAUGAAUUCCCGACAAGGCAGGAAGAAAUCUGGGACAAGCUGUCGGAACCCUCAUUCAUCGACCAACACCAAUUUCCUUCCCAACAUCAACUAGACUAUGUGCAGUCCUUGAUUGGGCCCAUCAGCAGCGAGCAUGGGCUCCGACACUUCGAGCGCGACACCGUUGAAAAUGCAGUACAGAAGUUGGUUGAUGCGGUAUACGAAAACCCGCUCCUACGAAACAGCCUCGACCUGCGCGGGACCGUGACGUUCGAGAGCCACACAAAUCUCGGCCAAAGCGAGAACAUCUCGGAGUCCUUAGGACACAUGUCCCUCACCGACAACGAUCUCGGGGGCGCACCGCCCGCCCCGACAACACCUGCACGCAGGGCACCUCGUAAGACGAAGGGCAAGGGCAAUCGCGCAGAUCAAUUCUACAUAUAUAGGAUGUCAGAUGGCGCAAGCGUUCCAACGAUGGCUAUUGAGUACAAAGCGCCACACAAGCUGAGCCAGGACGAGGUUGUUACUGGCCUGGCCUCCGAGAUCCAUCCGGAACGAGACGUGAUCAAUAGGGACGGUGAGGGCUUUCAGUUUGCGUCCAGGGCGCUCGCCACCGCCGUAGUCACCCAGCUCUUCUCCUACAUGAUCGGCAAAGGCAUCCAGUACGGAUAUAUCUGCACAGGGCAAGUCUUCAUCUUUCUCUACAUCCCUGACGAUCCUGCCACCGUUUACUACCACGUUUGCGUGCCUAAUCUGGACGUUCUCGACGACGACGAGAACAGACUUCAUCGCACGGCCGUCGCACAGGUCUUUGCUUUCAUCCUUCAGGCACUCCGUGCGGCACCGCCACCAUUAUCAUGGCACGACGCCGCCGAUGGGCUUGAUACCUGGGUUGUGGAGUACGAUGAUGUGCUGAGCAAGAUUCCCGAAACAGUACGUAAAGGCAAGGAACCUCGCGCUUCUCCUUAUAAACCUCAGCGCUGGAAGGGCUUCAAACGGUCACCAAUUCAAACCCGCUCGCGUUGCACGACAUCUGAUGCCCAACCCAUUCGCCGAGGCGAUAGUGGUGACGACGACGACGACGACGACGAAGUGACUGGACCCCCUUCACCGACCCCGUGUCGAUUGAGUCGUUCCGGCAAGAAGGCAAGCGCGUCAACAACUUCGGGCGGGAGACGAGGGCGAGGUGAUAGAAGGGGGCGGCAGGGCGAGAGCACGCAGGGAAGAAUACAGGAUAGGCCGUACUGCAGUCAUCAAUGCCUCCUAGGGUUGGCACACGGUGGUCCGAUGGACAAGAACUGCCCAAAUAUUCAUAGUCACGGGCCAAGGCACAUUGGCCGAACGAAGUUCCUGCACCUUCUUCGCGAGCAGCUAGCCGUAGACCGCGGCCACGAUGCGGAUUCUAUGCCGCUCUCUUUGUCAGGGUCGGUCGGAUCACUCUUCAAAGUGAGACUGUCCGCUUUCGGAUAUACCCUCGUCGCCAAGGGCGUGGAGACGGACCACGUUGCCCGCUUGCGACAUGAGGAGAAAGUGUAUGAUCAACUCCGGAUUAUCCAGGGAAAGUAUGUUCCUGUCUGCCUCGGUAUGAUAGAUCUGGUGCUACCAUACUAUUUUGAUGGUGGUGUGUUCGAGCACUUCCUAUUACUGAGCUGGGCUGGGAGGCCUUUGCCGUGGUGCGUUGGCGACGUCAAGGCACCUGUUAUCCCUGGAAUUACAACAGGCUACAACGAGUUACACCGUCUGCGAGUUCUCCAUAACGACGCUGAAGCACGCAACAUCCUCUACGACGGAAGUCCAAUGAUAGUGGAUUUUGAGAGGGCAAAAAUCUGCUGCCGUCAGCCUCUGGGCCUGACAAGCCCGAACGGGCAGAGUCGGAAGAGGAAGCAGGGCAAAUCGGGAGAUCGAGGAGCAGACGAAUUUGCGAGAGAGCUAGAAUCCAUUGUGGAAAGCGUUUCGGCAUGCAUUGCACGCAACUCCAAUGCGUCUGCGCCACGGCCUUAA